AUGAAUAAAUUAAUAAUAUUGGCAAUUGUUUUAGGCUUAACAGUUUCUUAAACCUAUAACAGUAAUUUGAAAUAAUACACAUUCGAUUAAUAUAUCCAAGACUUCAACAAGGGAUAUUAAUAUGGAUCUUCAGAAUACUUCAUGAGAAAAGCUAUAUUUGAAUAGAAAUUAGCUGAAAUCAUUGCUUUCAACGAAUAAACUAAUUAAUCAUACAAAAAGGGUGUUAACAGAUUUACUGACUUAACAGACAGCGAAUUCAAGUAAAAUAGCUUAGGAUACAGCAAAAACAUGAGUAAUGUUAGAGCUUUCCGUAACUUAUCUGUUAAGAAUUUGGAAGUUACUGAAUAAUAAUUAAAGGAAUUACCCGUUAAUGUUGAUUGGAGAUAAAAAGGAGUUGUUACCCCAGUUAAAGAUUAAGGUCACUGCGGUUCUUGUUGGGCUUUUGCUUCAACUGCUACUAUUGAAUCCUAUGCAGCCAUUAACUCUGGUUAAUUGAAAACUUUAUCUACUCAAUAACUCGUAAGUUGUGUUCCUAACCCUUACUAAUGUGGUGGUACUGGUGGUUGCAAUGGUGCUAUUUCCGAAUUAGCAUUUAACUAUGUCUAAUUAUACGGUUUAACCUCUGAAUUCAAAUAUCCUUAUCAAAGUUAUGUAUCUGGUGUUACUGGUAACUGUACAUUCGAUUCAACUUAAUAAACCCCUGAAGUAGCUUUAGAUGGUUAUGUCAAAUUAUAGGCUAACGACUACGAUGCUUUACUUUAUGCUCUUGCCAAUAUUGGUCCUUUGGCUGUUGCUGUAGAUGCUAGUCAAUGGCGUAAUUACCAAUCUGGUGUCUUCAACGGAUGCAGUUACACAGACAACAUUGAUGUAAACCACGUUGUAGUCCUUGUUGGUUACGGUACUGAUCCUGAAUUAGGUGACUAUUGGUUGAUUAGAAACUCAUGGGGUACCAAAUUCGGUGAAAAUGGUUAUAUCAGAUUAGCUAGAGAAUCUAAGGUUACUUGUGGUACUGACUAUACUCCUUUAGAUGGAUAAGCUUGUGCUGGCCAAAAUGUCCCUACUAAGGUUUGUGGUUAAUGUGGUGUUGCUUAUGAUGCCGCUUAUCCUACAAAUGUUAGAGUAAUUGGUUGA